AUGAACACUUCAUUCUUCUCAUGGCUUGUUCUUGCUAUAUACACCAUCUCCAUCUUUUCCGACGUUGCUACGUCUUCAGCUCCAGCCCAGUGUCUCGGCAUCGACCAGAGAUCGCUCUUGCUCGAGCUGAGAGACAGCCUUGUCUUCAACACCUCUGCGUCAUCCAAGCUAGUACGGUGGGACCGAAGCGCUGAUUCAUGGAGCGGCGUGACGUGCAAGGACGGGCUCGUCGUGGGACUCGAUUUGAGCGAAGAGUCGAUCUCUGGUGGAAUCGGCCAUUCAUCGAGCCUCUUUAGGCUCGAGUUCCUUCAAAGCCUGAACUUGGCGUUCAACGAUUUCAACUCAGCGAUUCCGUUCGGCCUCGCGAAUCUCAGCCGCUUGGUACAUCUCAACUUGUCCAAUGCCAGAUUUUCCGGGCAGAUUCCGGCGGAGCUAUCGCGCCUGACGGAGCUACGUACUCUUGAUCUCUCUGUUCUUUAUUACUCUAGAUUGGACUUCCUGUUCCUUGAGAAGCCCUCUUUGAGGUCGCUAAUAGGGGAUUUGGGGGAGCUGAGAGAGCUGUACCUUGAUGGGGUCAAUGUGUCUGCCGAGGGAAGUGGGUGGUGCGACGCGUUGUCUUCUUCAGUGCCGAAACUUGAGGUGUUGAGCAUGUCGGGCUGUUCUCUGUCUGGUCCUAUUGACGCUUCUCUUAUGAGUCUUGCUAAUCUGUCGGUCAUUCAACUUGAUGGCAACAACUUGUCCACCACAGUUCCUCGUUUCUUCUUGAAUUUUUCCAGCUUGAAGACACUGAGCCUAAGUGAUUGUGGCCUGCAGGGAGAAUUUCCUCAAGAAGUCUUUCAGGUACAAACACUUCAGACUCUUGACCUAUCACUCAACCUUCUUCUUCAGAGUUCUUUGCCCGAUUUUCUGGAGAAUAGUUCUCUUGAGACUUUGAUCCUGAGUUCCACCAGUAUUUCAGGGAGGCUUCCAGGUUCAAUUGGUAAUCUCAGAAAAUUGUCGAGAUUAGAACUGGCUGAUUGCGGUUUGAGUGGAUCAAUCCCGAGCUCGAUGGAGAAACUGUCAGAGCUGACUUAUUUGGACCUGUCUUCUAAUAAUCUUACUGGUUCAGUUCCGCCAUAUGGUGCAUCCAGAAAUCUGACCCAUAUAAGAUUAUACAAUAAUGCUUUAACGGGUCAGAUCACCUCCGUUGGCUGGGAGGACCUUCUGAAUCUUGAAAUUCUGGACAUGCAAGACAAUUCAUUGGAAGGCGACAUUCCCCCAGCUCUGUUUACACUUCCUCGACUUGAGGGGAUACUGCUUUCACACAAUAGAUUUAAUGGUCAUCUUAUCAUAUAUCCCAAUGUCUCUGCAUAUCAACUGUACGAGCUUGAUUUGGGUAGCAAUCUGUUACAUGGGUCAAUACCAGCAUCCAUAUUCGAACUGCAGGGGCUUUGGUCCCUCUCACUUUCUUUCAAUAAUUUCAGUGGCUCGAUGAAUAUCGAUGCGCUUCGGGGAUACGGAAUUUAUCUUGAUCUGUCGUACAGUGGCUUGUCCAUUAACACGAUGGCAUCUGCUUCUGCUGCUGCAUCCUCUUUUCCUAAAUUUGAAGUGUUAAAGUUGGCUUCCUGCCAGUUGCGGACAUUGCCUCAGUUUUUGGCUAACCAGUCCUUACUGGUCAUCCUCGACCUCUCCCAAAAUUGUAUUCAAGGGAAGAUACCGCGGUGGAUAUGGACACUAAAACAUCUUAGUUAUCUCAAUCUUUCCUCUAAUUUUUUUGAAGAUUUCGAAACACCUUCGCGUAAUCUUACUUCCUCUCCAUAUGUCAUCGACCUCCAUUCAAACAUGCUCCGAGGAAUUAGUCUACCCCUGCUGCCAUGGGCUGAAUACAUUGAUUUAUCAAGUAACAACAUCAAUGCUGUUAUUCCGGAGAACAUCGGCGACCUAUCAUCCCCAUUGUUCUUCUCCCUUUCGAAGAAUAAUUUCCAUGGGUCCAUCCCGAAGUCAUUUUGCAAAGCUGGUUUUCUUAUUCAUCUUAAAGUGCUUGACUUAUCACAUAACGAUCUGAACAGAACUAUUCCUGAUUGUUUAAUGAUGGCCUCUCUCGAGGUAUUGAAUUUGAGAAAUAACCAGUUGAGUGGCCAUAUUCCGCAAAACAUUCGGGCAACAUGUGGUUUGAAUAGAUUGGAUCUCAGUGAGAAUUUGUUGCACGGGCAGAUUCCGUUGUCGUUGGCAAAUUGUACAAUGUUGGAGAUUGUGAACAUCGGGGACAAUCAAAUAGACGGGACAUUUCCAUGCCAUUUGAAGGCUAUAUCAAGUCUCCGUGUCCUUAUUUUACGAUCCAACCAAUUGCAUGGGGAAAUCAGAUGUUCGCAUAGUCCCAGAACCUGGCAAAUGCUUCAAAUCAUUGACUUGUCUUCAAAUGAUUUCAGCGGCACACUGCCUGCGAGUCUCCUCACAUCUUGGGAGGCUAUGAAGGCCAAUGUACACUUCAAUCGCUUGCAAUUUCCGUCUUAUGUUACCCAAUCGAAUCAGCUCUAUUAUGAAGAUACAAUGAGAGUAACCUUGAAAGGUCAACAGCUAGAACUCGUCAAGAUCCUGACUAUUUUCACGUCGAUUGACUUCUCGGGCAAUAGAUUAGGGGGUCCAAUACCAGACACACUUAGAGAUCUCAAAGCACUUUAUUUUCUUAACCUAUCGCAUAAUGCCAUCUCUGGUUUGAUUCCUCCUGUUUUAGGGAGUUUGCUUCAGCUAGAGUCGUUGGACCUAUCAUGGAACUACCUCAAUGGAAUCAUACCGGCUCAGCUUGCAAAUCUUCAUUUCCUUUCGUUCCUGAACCUCUCAAACAAUCAACUCGUGGGAAGCAUCCCGACUAGUGGACAGUUUCUCACAUUUUCCAAAAGUUCUUUCGAAGGAAACCUCGGAUUGUGUGGGCUUCCCCUCAACAAAAGUUGCUCAACUACAACAAAUGGGACAGAAGAAGCGGGUAGUGUUCCGACUCAAAGCGACAUAGAUGAUGAUGGUGACAAUGAUGAUAGCAAGAAGUGGUUUUACAUGGGCAUACCACUUGGAUUCGUGGUUGGCUUCUGGGUAUUUUGUGGUCCGAUAGUGUUUAUCAGAUCAUGGAGGUUUGCUUAUUAUCAAUUCUGGGAUAAAGUGCUGUUCAGACACUCACGACCAUGA